AUGUGUAGGCGAAUCACGUGUAAAGUAACCGUUCAUCGUCAUGUCUCUGCUGUAAGCAGAGCUUCACGCAAGAUUUUUAUUUUUAUUUUGCCUCCGCUCGCUGCUGCUUUUGUUUUGACAGCUGCUUGUUUUCUUUUCGCAUACCCCCUUUACCGAAGAAUGAGCGAAAACGAUGACAUCGAAGUCGACAGCGAUGCAGACAAGCGAGCACAUCACAACGCGCUGGAGCGUAAACGCAGGGACCACAUCAAAGACAGCUUUCACGGUUUACGAGACUCGGUGCCUGCAUUGCAAGGAGAGAAGAGCUCUGUUAAACAGGCUUCGCGAGCCCAGAUUCUCGACAAAGCCACUGAGUACAUUCAAUACAUGAGACGAAAAAAUCACACCCACCAGCAAGACAUUGACGACUUAAAGAAGCAGAAUGCGCUGCUGGAACAGCAGGUGCGUGCUCUGGAGAAAGCCAAGGGCAACAAUCAGCUGCAGAGCAACUAUUCCUCCGACAGCAGCCUGUACACCAACCGCAAAGGGAGCGCCGUGUCGGCCUUUGACGGCGGCUCCGACUCCAGCUCGGAAUCGGAGCCCGAGGAGCCCCCGACCAGGAAGAGGCUGCGCGUGGAGCCCAGCUAGACUCUACGACUGACUUUUUUUUGUUUGACCUUGUUGUUUUUUUUUUUUCUUCUGAAACUCCUCUUAGCUGUGUGCAUUCAGCCCUGCCUUCUUCUUGCUUGAGUCAGUCAGGAGGAGAGAGGUGCUAUAUAUUGUGUAUAAAAUGCUUCGACCUCCCGAAGCAUCCUGUCACUUCUUUCCUCGCAGCCCAGCGUGAACCCCCCCAACGACCCCCCCACCCAAAGUGAGGCAGCUCUGUAAUUUUGAAGGACUUUACAUUUUUCAAACCUCACACCGACCUUAAUUUAAAGGAAUGUGGAGAUUACAAAGUAUGAGAUGUCAGGUCACAAAACUUGCAAUUGUUGAGAGGAGUUGACAAAAUAUGCUGAUUGGCAACAUUCCCUUUUUAAAUCUUUUCUUUUUUUUCUUCAGAAAGAUGUGAUGUUAUGCAAAAUCAGCUUAUUCGGUGUAGAUGCCUGAAAUGUUGUGUUUUGAAAAAGUGUUUUGUGGACUUAAAAUGAAAUCCCCCUUAUUUAUAGUGAACCAUAAUUGAUGUCACUUAUGUUUUUGGACUUGAAAAGGGCAAAAUUGUGUUUUAAUUGCCCCCACAAUGGGUUCAGCUAAUUUCUUUACGCUAUUUUUUUUUUUAAUCACUGUCAGACAAAACAUAAGCACCUGAUCGAUACUGAAUGUUACACAAUACAGUUCAACUUCAUUUUUUAGGAAUGAACUCUUGGUUGUGUGUAGUAUAUAACCCAAAUCCAAAAUGGUGUCAACCGCAAAAGGAAAAAAAUUCCCUUGAGAAUAUUUUUGCUUGUGCUGGGAAUGUUUCUCUAUUUCCCCCCCCCCCCCCCCCCCCCCCCCCCACCCCCCAUUUUCUCAGAGGUAAAUGAGUGUGUAUGUAAUCAAUAUUUGUUUGUUCCAUUCCAUGGAAAUUACAGGUAUGUUGUACAUACUGCCAAAGGGUGUCUUGCAAGUUAAGACAUACCUUGAAUAAAACUUUUAUCCUUAUCGGAUGUA